GAGCCGUUCCUCCGACCCAUCGCCAUUUUGUGCUUGUUUUGUGCUGAAGGCAGCGCAGCUUAAACCAGCAGAUUAAACCCAAACCAGCCGCUCAAACUCCGUUACCGUCCGAAAGGAAAGGGAAUCUUAUCGUAUGUCCGCUAUCCAGAACCUCCAAACCUUCGACCCCUUUGCUGAUGCAACUAAGGGUGAUGAUCGGCUCCCAGCUGGGACUGAGGACUACAUCCACAUAAGAAUCCAGCAGCGGAACGGCAGGAAGACUCUGACCACUGUUCAGGGCAUUGCCGACGACUAUGAUAAGAAGAAGCUAGUCAAGGCCUUCAAGAAGAAGUUUGCCUGCAAUGGCACAGUGAUUGAGCACCCUGAGUAUGGUGAAGUGAUCCAACUGCAAGGUGACCAACGCAAGAAUAUCUGCCAGUUCCUGACUGAUAUCGAACUGGCCAAAGAGGAGCAGCUCAAGGUCCACGGUUUCUAGAAGCGUCGCUGACCCGCCCCCACCCUGACCCCAACACUGACUCCCCCCUCCCCCUCGCUGGUAUUCCCCCCCUCCCCUCCCCCAGCCCCGUACAUAACAAACACUGAAAAUGAAAGUGAUGGCGUCUGACCUGAGACUCUCCAGCAGAAGGGCUUCGUUAUCGAAAAGCCCCGUCCAGUUACAUCAUGGACAGUCAAUAACACAAAUAAUGCGGGAUGAAUGGUGAUUUAUUAUUUUUCCUCUCCUCUCCCCCUUCCUCCUCUCCUUUUUUAGUUAAUCUUGUGCUUUCAAGCACAGUUUCAUGUGUUUUGUUUUGUACAACAUGUUUCAAUAAAAAUCCUCGAUGCUACAUUUUGCACAAUCCUCCAGUUGUUGGUUUAAGUGGGGUUGGGUUGGGGGGGCAGGUUCGGGUGAAGACUGACUGAGAACAUGAUGUUUUGUGUUUUUAUUAAUUCUCCGCCGUAACGGAUCAUGUUUGUGACGUGGGUCGGCCUGAUUAUCAUGGGGCACCGAGCGCGGAGAACCCACCUUAACUUUAAUAUUUGCUUCUGAACCUUUUUAUUUUCCACUCUUAUUUUUAAAUAUGCAUAAUUUCAAUUUUCUAAAAUUGUAAUACCGUUUUGUUUUGACUGGAAUAAACUAAAUAUCCCUUAC